CGGCGACGUUGUAAAUAAUAUGUACGAGCCUGACCCGGAGCUGCUGGCCGGCCAGAGCGCCGAGGACGAGACGGAAGACAGCAUCAUGUCCCCCAUCCCCGUGGGGCCGCCGUCGCCCUUCCCCACGAGCGAGGACUUCACCCCCAAGGAGGGCUCGCCCUACGAGGCGCCCGUCUACAUCCCGGAGGACAUCCCAGUGCCGCCUGACUUUGAGCUGCGCGAGUCGUCCAUCCCGGGCGCCGGCCUGGGCAUCUGGGCCAAGAAGAGGAUGGAGGUCGGGGAGCGGUUCGGGCCGUACACGGUGGCGCCCCCGGCGGUGCUGAAGGAGGCCGGCUUCGGAUGGGAGGUGAGCGGCGAGCGCGACCAGAGUGAUUGAUCGUCUGUGUAUACAGCGGGCGGGUGGCC